CCUAACAUCAAUGUUGUUUUGAGAAAUUUACCUGAUAAAGCUAGAGAAGUCGAUAUUCAAAACAAAUUAAUCGAAAUGGGAGCUAGUAUUGAUGAUGUCUCACUCAUCAAAGACCGUGAUACAGGAGAAUCUAGGAAGUUUGCAUUUGUUCGUUUUACUAGUGUUGGCCAUGCCAUUCAGUUUGUAGAAAGAUAUAAUACUUUUGAAAUGGAUUCCUAUUUUGUCCGCGUUGAUUAUUGUAAAAAGAAUAAACAAGAUGAGGAUAAAGAGGAAUGGCGUUGUACUAAGUGUGGUAGCUUUAAUCCUGUUAGUCGUCGUGCCUGUGUAGAAUGCAGACAAUCAUUUAUUUGUAAGUUUUUUUUAUUAUUUGGAAACUACUUGAUGAGUAAAGCUUUGUUAAAUAACUUUUAUAUAUAUAUACACAUGUAUAUAUAA